AUGUCUCUAAGAAUCCAAGCUACCAGACUCAUUGCCAACUCUCGUGUUGUGACUGCCAAGAGAGCCCUCUCUUUGGCUUCUCGCGCUACCCUAAGACCUGCUGCCGCAAGACAGUUCGUCAAGCCAUUGGUUGCUACCCGUGGUAUCAAGCAGAUCAACUUCGGUGGUACCACCGAGACUGUCUACGAGAGAGCUGACUGGCCUCGUGAGAAGUUGUUGGACUACUUCAAAAACGACACCAUGGCCAUGAUCGGUUACGGUUCUCAAGGUUACGGUCAAGGUUUGAACAUGAGAGACAACGGUUUGAACGUCAUUGUCGGUGUCCGUAAGAACGGUGCUUCUUGGAAGGCCGCCAUUGAGGACGGUUGGGUCCCAGGUGAGAACUUGUUCGACGUCGCUGAGGCUGUCCAGAAGGGUACCUACGUCAUGAACUUGUUGUCUGACGCUGCUCAGUCUGAGACCUGGAACGACUUGAAGCCCUUGUUGACCAAGGACAAGACCUUGUACUUCUCUCACGGUUUCUCCCCAGUCUUCAAGGACUUGACCCACGUUGAGCCACCAAAGGACAUCGAUGUCAUCUUGGUUGCUCCAAAGGGUUCCGGUAGAACCGUCAGAUCUUUGUUCAAGGAAGGUCGUGGUAUCAACUCCUCUUACGCCGUCUGGAACGACGUUUCCGGUAAGGCCCACGAGAAGGCUCAGGCUUUGGCUGUCGCCGUCGGUUCCGGCUACGUCUACCAGACCACCUUCGAGAAGGAGGUCAACUCUGACUUGUACGGUGAGAGAGGCUGUCUGAUGGGUGGUAUCCACGGUAUGUUCCUCGCCCAGUACGAGGUUUUGAGAGAGAACGGCCACUCUCCAUCUGAGGCUUUCAACGAGACCGUUGAGGAGGCCACUCAGUCCCUGUACCCAUUGAUUGGUAAGUACGGUAUGGACUACAUGUACGAUGCCUGCUCUACCACCGCCAGACGUGGUGCUUUGGACUGGUACCCAAUCUUCAAGGACGCCUUGAAGCCUGUUUUCCAGGACCUGUACGAGUCCACCAAGAACGGUUCUGAGACCAAGAGAUCUUUGGAGUUCAACUCUCAACCUGACUACAGAGCUAAGUUGGAGGAGGAGCUACAGACCAUCAGAAACAUGGAGAUCUGGAGGGUCGGCAAGGAGGUCAGAAAGCUGAGACCAGAGAACCAGUAA